AUGACGAGCCCUGCGGUGGCGCAAAAGCAGAGGACCAGUGGUGGUUCAGAAAAAGUGCCGGUACUGAACAUCGCGGUGAUCCUGGGACGCACGCGCUACAUCUCUGACCGGGACAUCCGGGCUCUUUGGAGCAAAGAGGACCCUAUUGACGUCAAUGUGGUCACACUGCUGGUCAACGAAACGGACCCAAAAAGCAUCAUCACCCACAUGUGCGACUUGAUGUCGGGUACCAAGAUCCACGGCGUGGUAUUCGGGGACGGCACUGACCAGGAGGCCAUUGCCCAGAUUUUGGAUUUUAUUUCCUCGCAGACGCUCAUACCCAUCUUGGGCAUUAAUGGAGGGUCGUCUAUGAUCAUGGCUGACAAGGAUGUGAAGUCCACAUUUUUCCAGUUUGGUGCCUCCAUCCAGCAGGAGGCUUUACUAAUGCUGAACAUCAUGGAGGAGUAUGACUGGCACGUCUUCUCCAUUGUCACAUCCAAGUUCCCCGGCUACCAGGAGUUCAUCAACAUCCUAAAAACUACUGUUGACAACAGUUUUGUGGGCUGGGACCUCCAGAACAUCAUCACACUUGAUGCUGUGGAAGAGGACAGUCGGUCUCAGAUCAUGCUCAAGAAGGUCCAGUCUCCAGUGGUCUUGCUCUACUGUUCUAAAGACGAAGCAGUCUACAUCCUGGAGGAGGCUCGCUCUCUGGGCCUGACUGGGUUUGGUUACAUUUGGAUUGUGCCGUCACUUACUACUGGGAACACGGAAAUAACACCAGAGUCGUUUCCAUCAGGGAUGAUUUCAGUGUCGUACGACGAGUGGGACUACCCGCUGGAGGCACGAGUUCGAGAUGGACUGGGGAUCAUAACGUCAGCAGCAGCAGCCAUGUUGUAUGAGUAUGGAGAUAUCCCUGAAGCCAAGACAUCCUGCUAUGGCCAAAUGGAAAAGACAAGCAAGCUGCCGCCAAGUGCUCUGCACAAGUACAUGAUGAACGUUACAUGGGAUGGCAGAGACUUGUCGUUCACAGAGGACGGCUACCAGGAAAACCCAAAGCUGGUUGUCAUUGUCCUCAACAAGGAAAGAGAGUGGGAAAAGAUGGGGAAACUGGACAACGGCAGCCUCACGGUGAAGUAUCCAGUGUGGCCACGUUUCAACUCCUUCGGUGAUGCUGAGCUCGAUGACAACCACCUGUCCAUCGUCACCUUAGAAGAGAAACCAUUUGUCAUUGUGGAGGAUGUAGAGAGACUCACCGGUACCUGCAUGAGGAACUCUGUGCCUUGCAGGAAGCAUAUCAAAGACAACACAACUGAGGCCGGAGGGACAUAUAUCAAAAAGUGUUGCAAAGGUUUUUGCAUUGACAUUCUGAAGAAAAUUGCUAAGUAUGUCAAGUUCACCUAUGACCUUUACUUGGUUACUAAUGGCAAACAUGGCAAGAAGAUCAACAACGUCUGGAAUGGGAUGGUGGGAGAGGUGGUUUAUAAGAAGGCCGUCAUGGCGGUGGGGUCUCUGACCAUCAACGAGGAGCGUUCCGAGGUCAUCGAUUUCUCGGUCCCAUUUGUAGAAACUGGGAUCAGCGUCAUGGUCUCACGCAGCAACGGGACCGUCUCUCCAUCAGCUUUCCUUGAGCCAUUCAGCGCGUCAGUGUGGGUGAUGAUGUUUGUGAUGCUCCUGCUGGUGACUGCAAUGGCCGUCUUCAUGUUUGAGUACAUCAGUCCUCUUGGCUUUAACAGAAACCUGGCACAGGGAAAAGAUCCACACGGACCUUCUUUCACUAUGGGCAAGGCAGUGUGGCUUCUCUGGGGUCUGGUAUUUAACAACUCUGUCCCCGUGCAAAACCCAAAAGGAACCACCAGCAAGUUCAUCGUGUCGGUGUGGGCCUUCUUCGCUGUCAUCUUCCUGGCCUCCUACACUGCCAAUCUGGCUGCCUUCAUGAUUCAGGAGGAGUUUGUCGACCAAGUUACUGGACUCUCAGACAACAAGUUUCAGAACCCGUACGCAUACUCUCCUCCAUUUCGCUUUGGGACAGUACCAAAUGGUUCUACAGAGAGAAAUAUCAAGAAGAACUACCCUGCCAUGCACCAGUACAUGGUGAAGUAUCAUCAAACUGGAGUUGUGGAUGCACUUGUCAGCCUUAAAUCAGGCAAGCUGGAUGCCUUCAUCUAUGAUGCAGCAGUGUUAAACUACAUGGCUGGCAGGGAUGAGGGAUGCAAGCUGGUCACCAUCGGCAGCGGGUACAUAUUUGCAACCACUGGUUAUGGCAUUGCUCUGCAAAAAGGUUCCUAUUGGAAGCGGCAGGUGGAUCUUGCCAUCCUAGCAAUCAUCGGAGAUGGUGAAAUGGAGGAACUGGAAGCUCAGUGGCUGACAGGAAUUUGCCACAAUGAGAAAAAUGAAGUUAUGUCAAGUCAGCUGGAUGUGGACAACAUGGCGGGGGUCUUCUACAUGCUUGCCACAGCCAUGGGGCUUUCACUUAUCACCUUUGUCUCAGAGCAUCUCUUCUACUGGAGGCUCAGAUAUUGCUUCACGGGGGUCUGCUCUGGCAGGCCUGGACUUCUUUUCAGCAUCAGCAGGGGAAUCUGGAGCUGCAUCCAUGGAGUUCACAUUGACAUGAAGAAAAAGACUGAUCUUGAUUUCAGCCCUCAGGACAAAAUGCUUAAGCUCAUUAAGUCUGCCAAGCAGAUGACAAAUAUGUCUAACCUGGGCGGCUCUCACUUGAAUUCACCUAAACGAGAAUUUAUGCACUCAGCUGGCCCCAUGAUCAUGGACAUGAUGGCAGAGAAGGGCAACUUCAUAUACACUGACAACAGAAGCUAUGCUCCCAAAGAUAUGAUAUAUGGGGACACUGGUGAUCUUCAAUCUUAUCUUGCCAAUCGUCACAAAGACCACUUAAACAACUACAUUUUUCAAGGGGGGCAGCACCCUUUGACGUUAAAUGAUGCCAAUCCAAAUACAGUGGAGGUAUCUGUGAGUCCUGACACAGUCCAGACCAAUGCCAAACCACUGCGGACGUUGUGGAAGAAAUCAGGAGACACUCUUCGCUCUAUGCCCCCUGGUCCUCCUCCAAUGCCUGAUAUGCUAAUGCCAGACCCAAGAAUAUCAAUGAAAACCCAGCGCUACCUUCCCGAGGACACAGCCCACUCUGACAUCUCUGACUGUUCAAGCAGAGCAGCUUCCUACAAGGACCCAGAAAACAACAAGCACCUGAAACCCAAGGACAACUUAAAAAAAAGAUCUGUCAGUGGUGGAACCAACCAAAGUGGGAGGGGAGGAGGAGUAGGGGAGAAAAUCUACACUAUUGACUCAGACAGAGAGCUAAGUCUUCAUUCAGAUCCCAUUCACUUCCGUGAAAGUCACACUCUUGCUGCAGAUGAUGUGGAUUAUCCUGAAAUUUACUCGGAUCACAGUGAUAACUACAGGAAGUGUGAACAGCCCAUCAUUCAUCUGAACUCUUCACCUUUGCAUCACCCGGACUCAGAUCUUCUGUCAGAUUCAGCUUACUCUAAACACUACAACUUGAAAGAGAAAAAUCUUUCCCUGUCCCCUCAUGAAACUAUUGAUCGCUAUAAACAGACACAUUGUCGUUCCUGCUUGUCCAAAGUGACAGCUAGCUACCCACCAGCAGGAUCAUAUGGCUCCACUGGAUCUGCCACGGCAUCUGGGACUCGUUCCCCAUAUAAUCGGUGUGAGGCAUGCCUCCACACAGCCAAUCUGUAUGACAUUAGUGAGGACCAGCUUCUUGCUGACUCCUUGAUCAGUCCCACCAUGCACCAUCCAGAGCAGCAGUCAGAUGAAAUGUUUGGUCUGUAUUGGCCUCAGACAGAUGGACCACAUGUUCAAAAGAGAAACCGCUUGAGGUUGAGUCGUCAGCACUCAUUCGACAACAUCAUGCUUGAAAAGCCCAAGGAUCUUGACAUGGGUCGGCCAGCACGUAGUGUCAGUCUCAAAGAGAAGGAUCGCUUCUUGGACUCUGCAUCUGACUCGCACUAUGCGAACCUUUUUGGCAUGCGUCCCUACUCUGGCAAACUUUUUGGCACUGGAUCUAAAUCAAUGCUGUUUAACCACAACCUGGAGGAAAGCAAAAGGAGCAAGUCCCUGUACCCAGCACAUGGCUCAGAAAACCCUUUUCUUAGCCAUUCGUUGAGGGAUGAUACCAGCAGCAGACUGGUCCAUGGGCGUAGCUCUUCUGACAUUUACAAACAGUUGGCGGUAGGUUCUCCUGUGGUGGCUGUAGGAGCAGCUCCGAUCAAAACACGUAAUGAUGCGAACAAUCUCCGCUCUUCCGGUAAAUCCAGCUCUUCAUACUGUUCAAGGGAUGGGCGGAUAGCUAAUGACAUGUACAAUAAAGAGCAUGUGAUGCCUUACUCAGCCAAUAAGACUAGUGCAUACCCAGCCUCACGGGGUGUCCUAAACUCAGCCCAGUUUAGCAAUAGACGGGUGUAUAAGAAAAUCCCCAGUCUGGAGUCAGAUGUUUAG